UCCGGCCGCUCGCGUCCCCACUGAGCCGCAGAAUCACGCGUCCGACACCCAGGUUCCCACCUGUUUUUAAAACUCGACGGUAGCCGCGCAAAAUGUAGCCCUUUUCGAUUUACACCCCAUAAGGAGAACGAGGUUUGGCGAAAAUUCAACCCGCGGGAGGUUUUUCGCCGUUUUCGACUGUACCACCUUUCAGCUGAUUAAUUCGGUGGCAGGAGCGGUCUUGAGCGCGACGAGUGACAGAAAAUUGAUGACAUUACAGAACGCGGUGGUACGGAAAAAUUGAUACUUUGCGGAAGCCUCGUGGUGUGCCAAUGUGGUUUUUGUGUUUUGAAAUUCAGAUUCGAGAACGGAAGUAUGCGCCGCAGCUUCGAGGGGCAUUGUUGUGAGCGGAAGCAGUGUAAUUAAAGGAUGUGGUGGCUAGCGUUAUCGCUGGUAUGGUGGUGCGGCACGUCGGCCAUCCCGUCUCCGGGCCCGGACGAAUGGAAAUGUCCGGAGAUAACAGAACAGCCGGUGGUGGAGUGCAGCUGCGACAUGCCGCACACCCUGAGGUGUACGGGCGACCGGACAGCCAUGAAAAUUAUAGGCCGCACGUUGCGUUCCCUCAACGCGGCCACCGUGUCCCUGUUGGACUGCACCGUACAGAACGUGACCGCAAUUUCGGAGCCGCUUCUGGAGGGAGUGGCUCUCCACGGACUAGUCGUCUCUUCCGGUGAAAUCAAAGAGAUACACCAAACGGCCUUCAAGGGACUGGCGGCACCUCUGCAGGCCCUCGGCCUACCCAAUAAUCAGCUAAUAUCCGUGCCCACUCAGGCGCUAAUGUCGCUCCCGGAGCUGGAUCGACUGGACCUGUCCGGGAAUAAGAUGAAGUCGCUGGAUGCGGGCUCUUUUAAGGGCCUAAGGAAUCUCUCCUUUAUUGACCUAAGUGACAACAUCAUCACGAGGAUAGCGCCCGACACCUUCGACAACCUGCCGCAACUGAAAAUUCUCCGACUCCGUGGAAAUCGAUUGUCCAUAUCAACGAUCGUGAGGCUACAUUCUUUCUCCACGGUAGAAGAAUUAGACCUUUCAGAAAACACCUUAAUCGGACCUCUCGAACCCAAGACCUUUCCUAAAAUGGAAUCACUCAGAGACCUUCAAAUGUCGCACAAUACCCUAAGCAGCAUAAAAAUGGGAGCAUUGCAAGGCUUACUAAAUUUGACUUCCCUCCGGAUGCAGCACAAUCAGAUAGAUGUAAUAGAAGAUCACGCCUUCAACCACCUUCAGACACUGAUAUCUCUAGACUUAGCGCACAACAGGAUAGUAGCGGUAUCCGGAGCUUCUUUGGCUCAUCUAGAGAAACUAACAGACCUAGAUUUGAGGCACAAUUUUCUACGAGCGCUUACUCCGGACCUGGUGCUGCCUCUGAGGAACUUAAAGAGUUUGAAACUCGACGAUAAUGACAUAUCCAUAGUCGCCAGCGAUGCCUUAAAACCUAGCACAGUGUUUAAGCACUUUACUUUAUCAGACAAUCCUCUGAAUUGUGAUUGUAGCCUCAGCGACUUCGCUGCGUGGUUGACAAAUUCUAGUCUUAGCAAGGAGGAUAAAUCAACUGCCAUUUGCACGACUCCACCAUCUUUAGAAAAUGGUUUGUUGAUUGAGGUGCCUCUGGAUGAGUUUUUAUGUGGAGAAGAAGAGCAAGUGGCAUCUCUGUACACACCUGACAAAAUAAAAAUUAAUUUGAAAGAAAUUAAGUACGAUGGAAGCAGCAUCAAACUUCUUUGGGGUGUAGAUGACAUAGCUUCCCCGUACACUUGUGACGCGAUAUUUGUAUAUGAAGAAGAAGGACCCAACGAAGUUCUAAUAGAGUCUAAUCCUCUGAAAUGUAACUCCUCUGAGAUGACCGACCCCAAACUCUUGCAUGUAACGGUCCCGUCUUCGAUACAACUUCAGCGGUUACACAGAUACAGAUAUUGCGUUGUUCUGUUCAAAGCUGGUCAGUCAGACGACGUCUCUGUAAUGGUGGGUUGUUCUGACGUCAUACCCUUGGUGCAAAAUGCUAAAAUCCAAACUAACUUCACCAUGAAACUUCCAAAGGUCAUAUCUAUCCAAGCUAACCUGUCCAGUUAUGGCAGCCUCUCGAUUGACGUCAAUGUAUACCCUCAGAGCAAGUGUCAGCUCAACCUCGCAGUCUUGGAGCAAAAUGCUCUGCUCUCGCAGAGAAAAAUGAACUGCACCGAACCCAAAUACACUUUCAUUGGCUUAACGCAAGGCCCCUACCGAGUCUGUGCAAACGUGGUACGUCCAGGACCGGCCGUUGAUUUCAAUAAACCGAGAUGCGUCACGGUUUUCAAAAAGGAAGCGAAAGGAUUCACUACGUUAGAUGUUGUCUUCGUCUCCAUAUUCCUAGUUCUGUGUUUCAUGGUUAUUGCUUUGAUAUAUGGCGUGAGGAAAAUUUUACUCAAGCCCAAAAUUCAGACCCAUCAAUGUUUUCUUCCACCGGAAUGUGACGAUCAGGUUCAACAUAACAGAUACGUGAAACUACAAGCGACGACUAAAAAUUCUUUAUAUUAUAAUUUUUACUCCAUUAUUAUCGCUGUUGAAAGUGCCAAUACAAUUCAUGAAACAAUUAUGAAAAUAAUUUUGUCCCUUUUACUUCUUCUUUGGUGCUACAACCAUGAAGCAUAUUCGAUGUUUUAUAAAACUAAUAUAACAGAUUUAAGCAAAUGCAAGGUUCACUAUUCUCGCUCUGGAAGCGUGUACACAGAUUUCUAUACGUUAUCCACGUUGUCUUCAGAAAACGAUAGCUUUCUAGUAGAUUUUCAUUUCGCCGUUUUGGCACCCAGCGACGCUCACAUCCUUUUGGCACCAUCCGUGGAAGUGAAAAAAGGGGACCCCGCGUACGAAAUAGUGAUUGGCGCUGGAGGAGAUACCUUUUGCGACAUCCGCAGAAGUCAGAAAGCUAACGUGAAGGCUUCAGUCAGGAUCAGAGACUUGCUGUCGGCUCUGGACCCGAAUUCGUUUUGGAUACACAUCACGAAAGAUGGUGAUAUUGGUGUCGGAAGAGAAGGUGAAGAGUUACCAUUCAUCACGUGGGUUGAUCCUGAUCCCCUUCCUCUAACUGUUAUCAGCUUUAGUGCGUGGUCAGGAAUAGAAGCCAAAUGGUACUUUGACUGCCAGAGACCAAAGGAUAUACAAGAAAUUGAAAAGAAUCUGACUCACACUGAGAAAUUACGACGUGAUUUACUGAACCGCUACAAUCCGUACAACAGGCCAGGGCAAGAUUCCUCGACUGUAACAACAGUUUCUGUGACUCUUCAUAUAAAUCACAUUACUUUGGAUGAAAAGAAAUCCACAAUGGAAGUAAAUGGUAUCACUAAAAUGGCAUGGUCGGAUGAAAAAUUGGUUUGGGAUCCAGAUCAGUAUGGAGACUUGGAUACACUUCAUAUAUACGGAAGAGAAAUCUGGCGCCCCGAUUUUUUUCUCUUUAAUGCUGUUGGUGAUGGAAGAGACAUCUUUAAAGACAGUCUAAUGGUUACCCAUUCGUCUGGUUCAGUUGGAUGGACUCCAAGAAUAUAUCUUAAAACAUGGUGCAGUCUCAAUAACAUGGAAAAGUGGCCUAAGGACGUACAUAAAUGCCACAUAAUACUGGGAUUUUUAAAAGACUUCGAGUACAUUAAACUGAAUUUCAACAGAAAUGAGAGUGAUUUGUUAUAUCAUGAGUCAUCAGAAUGGGCAAUUUUGGGAGGUGACCUUUACGCAAACGUUAACGAUAGUUUUGGUAGACCGGUUUUCAGCAUGGUUUUAACAAUUCAAAGAAUUUCAGAUACUUACAAUACAAUAUUCUUCACACCAUUCUUAAUUAUAUCUGUUUCGCUUUUAUCCACAUUUUGGGUGGAUGCUUUUGGAAAGCUAAAAAUAUCCCUUAACUGCACUCAGUUAGUUUUGAGUACGAUUAUGUUAUUGAUUCUAGCAACAUUUAUACCCAGUCACUCGAUGCGUGUACCAUAUUUAGUUCUACUAUACAGCUUCACUCUUGUGGCAACGCUGAUAUCGAUUGUAAUUGCAAUAAUUGUUAUAAAUUUAUCAAGAAAUACCCAGAAAAGCAUACUUCCAAAUUAUGUGUGUAAAGCACUAACUUCUAAAAUACUACGAAUUGCAUUGUUUUUACCGAAAAUGGACAUGUCUGACGAAUAUGGAAAACUGAAUGAUUCAUUCACGAAAUGUCCGGAAAAUCAACAGCUGAUGUGGAUUCUACUGGGCAUAGCCAUUGACAGAAUAUCAUUUUUGAUAUAUUUACCUCUAAUAAUAUAUGCAAUUUACUUGAAUUGCUCAUAGAUUGCACAUUUUUUGCAUGUUCGAAAAUAAACCACGCUCUUAUUACUUUAUUACAUCUAUCUAAGUAUACCUAACCUUUUGUACAAAAUAUAUUGAUGCAUUUCUGUAAAUAAUAAUUUUAUGGAUUAGUAAAAACUA